AUGAAGAGUAUGGGGAUUCUUGUGGAGCCGAAGGAGAUGAAUCGCCAGCUUUCAAUGAUAUAUCUUUCAGCGACUCACGGGGGCACAGUGGGAGAGCAUAUCAGCAGGAACCCUUGGAGUCGAUGUGGAAGAGUUGACUAUGAUGAUGAGCAACGCUUUCUAUCGCUGUAUGAAGAUAUGAUUAGGAAGGGGAGGUAUUUUGCAGUCGAUUUGCCGAAUGACUCAUUUUUCAAAGAUAUGUACCUAUUGCCGCUGCCUUCCGAUGAGGAGCCUCCA